GGAGGCGGCGCCACUUCCGACUUCGGUGGGCCGGGGGGAGCGGAAAGCGGGGGCGGUGGCGGCCACAAAAGUGACCACGACCAUCCGGAAGGGCCGGCGAAUCAAAUAGUUCUCCCCGACGCACUACGGCAGGAAACGGAUCCCGAUCUCGUGCAGGAACUUUGCCGCGUGUGCUUCCCACCCUCAGAACAACAAGCUCAUGACCAUCACGAGGCUGCACUGGAAAUCGGUAUUGGCGAGGCCGGAGACGCGGAUGUACGGGCGCGGUUCUACGAGCGCCCCGAACUCGCACGGCUCGCGGCAAAAAUCGCGGACGAAAAUCUUAAGCGGGGGAUCGUGGAGCUCAGCAUGGAGCACGCCUGCGCCGCGAACACCAAAAACAUCCGGCAGGACGUGGAAAAAAAGAUCGGCAUGAGCAAAUACCACGAGUACUACCCGCACAUCGUGCUCGCGCCCAGCGGAGGGUCGCCGACCAGCAGCGAGGCAGGCCAGAAGAUCAAGGUGGUCGGCGCGCUGAAGAAGACGGAGGCGGAGGAAGAGGAGGCGAGCAAGACGAUGACGAACAGCAAAACGAGUCUGAGCCGCUUCAAGCAGGGGCUCGAGAAGAAGCUGAAGCGGCCCGGGCAGAACAAGAACCAAGAAAUGCUCGAGAGUCUGCAGAUGCCCGAAUUUUUGUCGCACAGCGAGAUCCGCAACAUCGACCGGCAGCUCGACGAGGAGGUACGGAAGAACAGCCUGCAAAAGGCGGGAGAGUCGGAGGAGGACAACAAGACCGAAGACGUGGAGCACGGCGGCAUCGCUGUGCUGCAUGAACUCCUCCUGGACUCGCUGCUCACGGCGUGCGAGGGGGGCAAGGUGAUCACCAAGGUGAGACAAAAUUUCGACGUCUCCAAGCAACCCAUACCAGAGCCCACCAGUGCGAAGGAGUGGCUGCAGGUCAAGAAGAACAUCCUGAAGGCCGGUAAGCGUCUCGAGCUCUUCCGCCAAGUGUUGGAGGCAAAGGUAAAGCGCCGCCUGAUGAACAUUCUGAUCGACAACGCCGAGAAGAAAAUCGACAUCAACAAGCAACAGUCGGUGAUUCUUUGGCAAUACAGCGAGGAGUUCCAGUCCCGCAUGCAGACCAUCGAGGCACAGAUCCAGGAGCUUCGCGAAAAGAAAGACGUCCUCGCGCAGAAGCUCAAGCCUUUAGUCGUCGGGGAGUGAGAAGAACGAUCACAAGAACGCUCGAAGUCGAGCAGGACCAGGAGCCGUCUCUUACUCGCUGUUGGGCGAAACAAGACUACGGACUCGCGACUCUUCCAUCCGUCCUCGGAGAUCGGCGCUUUGUUUCUGUUUCACAAUUUUUGCCCUUGCUCAUGCAUUCUUCGAAAAGGCACACUCACAGUCACACUUCACUCACAAGGUAACACUUCGAUCACACUUAAUUAUCCAAGUAUUUCAAUUGACAGGAAAAUGCAGCGCUUGCCGCCAACGUGGAAGCAGCGUGUUGCAUUUUCAAUGAUAUGCAGCUGUGGCGCUUUUUCGCUCGGCCACGCACACACUGAAUACUUUGAGUUUACUAUUACAAUUACUGAGAAUUUUCGACUACGCCUGCAAGUACUGCGUUAGGCUGGAAUGAAAAUGCCUUGUGCUGGCCCUGGGAAUCCAGUAUUAAGGCACCGCGGAAUUAUCGUUUGCCGGCCGCAGCGCAGGACUUUGACUGGGCGGUCAAGACGGACAUGACUGUACAAAGGUUUG